AUGAAUAAGCUGCCAAUAUACGUAUUUUCAGGUCCUUCUGGAGCUGGUAAAAGCACACUUCUUCAAAUGCUAAUGAAGAAGUAUCCGACAAGUUUUGCAUUUAGUGUGUCUCACACAACACGAAAGCCACGACCCGGGGAGAAAGAUGGCAUAGAUUAUCACUUUACUGAUAGAGAUACAUUCUUACGGGAAAUUUCUGAAGGGAAGUUUUUGGAGCACGCAGAAUUCGCCGGAAAUAUCUAUGGGACUUCAAGAUAUGCUGUACACUCGGUACUGGAUACUGGCCGGAUAUGUAUUUUAGAUGUCGAAUUAGAAGGCGUUAAAAGUAUUCGUGCAAUUCAACCACCGUUAAAUGCUGAAUACAUUCUUAUUCGUCCACCGUCUAUUGAUGAUUUGAAUAGACGUUUACUUGCUCGUGGAACAGAAACUGAAGAAACCUUGUCUAAACGAAUUGAAAGAGCUCGUAAAGAUAUUGAAUUUUCAGAAACUGAAGAAGGCAAAAAAUUAUAUACAAAAAUUAUCAUCAAUAAUGAUUUAGACACGGCGUAUAAAGAGUUAGAAGAUUUUCUUCUCCCGUCUAUCAAGGCUACGAAACCUGUUUAA